UGACAACGCAGUGUUGUGAAUGCGAGUGCCACUAGUUAAGAUGACCGUCGGCAGGAACUACGUGCUGGUGUUGGCCCUGUUGCUAGGAUUCCUGGCCUCCAGCUGCGAGGGCGGUGAUUCGCCCAUCAUCUUCCCUACCCUCAAGGAAGGCAGGUGCCCCAUAAUCCGCGACGAGUGCCCACCCCCCGGCAGGAUCUCUCCCCCGAAAUGUAUCGACGAUGCCAGCUGUCCCGGGGAAGACAAGUGCUGCUUCGACAUCUGUCUCAGGCGGAACACGUGCAAACCCCCCAGGUUCCUCUUGUAAAGGGCUUGGAGAACAGCUCUGUGGAUUCAUUAUGGCGGGGAUGCCCUGUGUCUCCUCUAUACACGUUAACAUUGUGGCUCGUUCUCUUGCAAGGCUUGUUUGGGUAUUUGUACACACUUUAUUCUCUCUCGUGUGUAGUAUGAACGUCGGAAAGAUUAGCAUCGAAUAUUCACGGUGUAAUGCAUUGUGCGAUGCAAGACGAAUGGAUUAAAGGUUCAUAUUUGACA